CUUUCCUGACUUGCGAGUGUUUUGUAUUGAUAUUUUUCCAUAGCGAUUUGGCGAAGCCUCUCGAGGCAAUAAAGCGCUUGUUGACCCUCCUUCAAUAUCGUAUCGUCGUCAAAACAUCCAAGAAGAUGGCAUCGCGACGGGAUUUCUUGAGCCAGCAGGCCCCCGAAAAUUAUGUCGCUGGUCUAGGUCGAGGCGCGACUGGAUUUACCACACGAUCUGAUCUCGGUCCCGCUAGAGAAGGCCCCAGUGCAGAGCAGAUACAGGAAGCGCUUGCUAAGAGAGCAGCACAACUGGGCGCUGCGCCUCCUACCGCUUAUGGAGCCGCGGGAAAGAAGCCGGACGAGCCAGAGGAGGACGACGAACGAUUUCAGGAUCCUGACAACGAGACUGGCCUGUUCGCCUUCGGGCAGUACGAUAGAGAUGAUGACGAGGCGGAUAGAAUAUACCAGGAAGUAGAGGAGAAGAUGGAAAGACGGCGGAAAGCCCAAAGAUUACCGACAUAACUCCUUCGCGGUCCUCUAGGGAAGCACGAGAACGAGAAGAGAUCGAAGAGUACAAUCGAAAGAACCCAAAGAUAGCAGAACAGUUUGCAGACCUCAAGAGACCACUCGCUGCGAUAACCGACGAAGAGUGGGCCAAUCUCCCUGAUCCUGGCGACCUCACGGGCAAGAAUCGAAGAUCGAAACAGAACUUGAGACAGCGAUUUUAUGCCGUUCCAGACAGUGUGCUGGCUGGUGCGAGAGACUCAACGGAAAUGCAGACGACUGUUGAAGAUGACGGCGCAGAGAGUGCAGUGAGGGCCGACAAUAAAGAUGGGACGAUGACAAAUUUUGCUGCAAUUGGUGUUGCGAGAGACAAAGUGCUCAAGGCUAGGUUGGAUAGAGCAGCGCAAGCAGAUGCUGGGACUGGGACAGCGACUGCAAUCGACACCAAAGGCUACUUGACUAGUCUGAACACCGCAGAAUUCAAGGCUUCGGAGUUGGCCGUAGGAGACGUCAAGCGAGUCAGAGUUCUGCUCGAGUCGGUCAUCAAGACUAACCCCAAACAUGCCCCUGGAUGGAUCGCCAUUGCACGUUUGGAUGAGUUGGCUGGAAAAAUUGUUUCUGCCAGGAAAUUGAUCGCUCAAGGAUGUGAGCAGUGUCCCAAGAGUGAGGAUGCGUGGCUGGAAAAUAUUCGACUCAACGACAAUCAUAACGCGAAGAUUAUUGCUGCCAACGCUAUCAAGAACAACGAACGAUCAACGAGACUAUGGAUCGAAGCGAUGAAACUAGAAUCAGAUCCUCGAGCCAAAAAGCGAGUAUUACGGCAAGCCAUCGAUCACAUUCCCCAGUCCGUUGCAAUCUGGAAGGAAGCGGUGAAUCUGGAAGAAGAUCCUGAAGACGCCAAGUUGCUGCUUGCCAAAGCCACUGAGAUUAUCCCCCUUUCAGUCGAGCUAUGGCUUGCUUUGGCACGUCUGGAAAGUCCUGAGGCUGCCCAGGCUGUGCUAAAUAAAGCACGAAAAGCCGUGCCAACCAGUCACGAAAUCUGGAUCGCUGCAGCGCGGUUACAGGAGCAGAUGGGCAAUGCGAACAAGGUCAACAUCAUGAAUCGUGCUGUCAAGGCUCUUGUCAAAGAAGGGGCUAUGCUCAAGCGUGAAGAGUGGAUCGCCGAAGCAGAGAAAUGCGAAGGAGAGGGCGCCGUGCUCACCUGCGGUGCCAUUAUCCGAGAGACACUCGGUUAUGGACUUGACGAGGACGACGACCGCAAAGAAAUCUUCAAAGAUGACGCCAAGGCUAGUAUGGGCCGAGAUCGGUUCGAGACUGCUCGCGCUAUAUAUGCUUAUGCACUCCGUAUCUUUCCCACGAGCAUGUCACUAUGGAUCGAGGCGGCAGACCUUGAAAGACAUCAUGGCACGAAGGAAGCGCUGUGGCAGGUUUUGGAGAAGGCAGUCGAAGCUUGCCCGACAUCUACGAAGCUAUGGUUGCAGCUUGCUCGGGAACAAUGGUAUGCAGGCAACGUCGACGACGCUCGCCGUGUCCUCGCGAGAGCUUUUAAUCAAAACCCGAAAUCCGAGGAAAUUUGGCUGGCGGCGGUCAAGCUGGAAGCCGACGCAAAACAGGUCGACCAAGCCAGAGAAUUACUUUCUACAGCAAGACAGCAAGCGUCGACGGAGCGUGUGUGGUACAAAAGUGCUGCAUAUGAGCGACAACUGGGCAAUAUUGACGUUGCUCUUGACCUGGUUCUUCAAGGUCUUACUUCCACCGUUGUCGACAAGAAAGAGACUCGAUUUCCCCGUAGUGCGAAACUGUGGAUGAUCAAGGGUCAAAUUUACGAAGACAAAGGUAUGGUUCCGCAGGCGCGCGAAGCAUAUUCGCAAGGCACGAGAGCUUGUCCAAAGUCAGUGCCACUAUGGCUUCUGGCAGCACGACUCGAGGUGAAGGCUGGCAUCAUCAUCAAAGCUCGAUCAGUGCUUGACCGGGCUAGACUGCAGAACCCAAAAAAUCCUGAGCUUUGGGUGGAGAGUAUCAGGAUCGAAUUGAAUACCAAACCGCCGAACACUCAACAAGCGAAGACCUUGAUGUCAAAGGCACUUCAAGAGUGUCCAAAGUCCGGCUUGCUGUUGUCGGAGAAUAUCUGGACACUCCAGCCUCGAACUCAGCGUAAGCCUUUGGCCCUAGAAGCCAUCAAGGCUGUGGAUAACGAUGCUAUACUCUUCGUAACGAUUGCGCGAAUCUUUUGGAGCGAACGACGCCUCGAUAAAGCGAUGAGUUGGUUCGAGAAAGCAAUUGUAUUGGAUUCUGAUCUUGGAGAUACGUGGGCGUGGUAUCUGAAGUUUCUCAUGCAACAUGGCACUGAGGAGAAGCGAGAGGACGUCAUCAACAAAUGUAUAGCAACGGAGCCGAAGCAUGGAGAAGUUUGGCAGCGAGUUAGAAAGGACCCGAAGAAUGCGUACUUGAGCACAAAAGAGGUGUUGAUGGAAGUUACGAAGAAAUUGGAAGCCAAAGACAUUGCUUAGAUUUUCCCCGGCCAUGGUGGUUCGGCAGCCCGGACUUUAUUCAUGAUCUUCUUGAAUUUAAUUAAUUAUGGACACGUCCACUACAAUAUGUUCAUGUCAAAGGAAAAUGAAA